AUGUCUGAAGAGUCGGACUAUUAUACUGAUGAGUCCGGUUUCGGAUCAUCUUCGAAUAAAGUGAAAAAACCCUUGGUAGAGGGUUCUUUGAACUCGCUUGAAUCAUUAUCCACGUCUACUACUACUUCUACUUCUACUUCUACGCCGCCGCCGCCGCCGCCGCUGUCGCUGUUGUCCUCAUCGAAGAACAAGGUAUCAAAUGCUUCUGAAACUUAUCAGAAGUUGUCGCAGUUGGAACACAUUUUGAAAAGACCAGAUACAUAUAUUGGAUCUAUUGAGAAGACUAGGAUGGAAAUGUGGUGUUUUGAUCUGGAGUCGGAGUCAAUGAAGUUUCAAGAGGUUACUAUUGUGCCUGGUUUAUAUAAGAUAUUUGACGAGAUUUUGGUUAAUGCUGCUGAUAACAAGAUCAGAGACCCUUCCAUGAAGAAUAUUCGAGUUAAGAUAGAUCCAGAAAACAAUGUAAUCCAGGUUAUGAAUGAUGGUAAAGGGAUCCCCAUUGAAAUUCACACCAAGGAGAAGAUGUAUAUUCCCGAGUUGAUUUUCGGUAACUUAUUAACCUCAUCGAAUUACGACGAUGAUCAGAAAAAAGUCACUGGUGGUAGGAACGGAUUUGGUGCUAAAUUGUGUAAUAUCUUCUCCAGCAGCUUUGAAGUCGAAACUGCCGACUUGAACACGGGUAAAGUGUAUAAACAAAUUUGGACGGAUAACAUGACAAAAGUGGGUAAACCCAAAAUUACUGCAUUAAAGACAAAAAAAGAAUAUACAAAAGUUACAUUCAAGCCAGAUUUGGCUAAAUUUGGGAUGGAUAGUUUGGAUGAGGAUUUGCUAGCAGUAUUGAGAAGAAGGGUUUACGAUUUAUGUGGUACUGUGAAAAACUGUAAUAUAUACCUAAAUGAUAAAAGGUUGAGUGUUUCAAAUUUCAAAAGUUAUGUGGAGAUGUAUGUCAAGGCUAUCAAAGAAAGAAGUCCCGAGUUGCCUGAGGAAGCAGCAGCAGGAGGAGUAGAGGCCAAAAAUCUCCCCACUAUUGUUCAUGAGGUGUAUAAUGAUAGAUGGGAGGUGGCAUUUGCUGUUAGUGAUGGCACAUUCAACCAAGUUAGUUUUGUCAACUCUAUCGCAACAACUGCAGGCGGUACCCAUGUCAAAUACGUGUCGGAUCAGAUAAUUUCCAAAUUGGUAGAGGCCCUUUCUAAAAAGGAGAAGGGUCAAAAGAAGCUCAUGAUAAAACCUAAUGAAGUAAGAGACAAUAUGUUUAUAUUCAUUAACUCGCUCAUUGAGAAUCCAGCAUUUACUUCGCAAACUAAAGAACAGCUCACUACAAAAUCAUCCCAGUUUGGUGGCAAGGACAAAUUUGUUGCUUCAGAUAACUUGAUUAAUCGUAUACUAAAGACGGGUAUUGCCGACAAAAUAAGGGCCAUUGCAAAUGCAAAUGAGAAUAAAGCAUUGCAGAAAGCAGACGGUAGUAAAAAACUGCGUAUCAAGGAUCAAGUUAAUCUUGUGGAUGCCAAUAAAGCAGGAACUAAAGAUGGGAUCAAGUGCACUUUGAUUCUCACAGAGGGUUUAUCUGCUAUGAACUUGGCAGUCGCCGGGUUGGGUGUUAUUGGCAGGGAUUAUUAUGGUUGUUUCCCGUUGAGGGGUAAGUUGUUGAAUGUUCGUGAAGCUUCAACUGAUCAAAUUGCCAAAAAUGCCGAGAUAAACUCACUUAAAAAGAUUAUUGGAUUGCAACAUAAAAAGGUGUAUACACCUGAGAGUAUAAAAUCCUUAAGAUAUGGUCAUAUUAUGAUUAUGACAGAUCAAGAUCAGGAUGGGUCUCAUAUAAAAGGGUUGAUUAUCAAUUUUUUGGAAACUUCAUUUCCUGGUUUAUUGGAUAUUCCAGGGUUUUUGUUGCAAUUCAUCACCCCUAUUGUUAAAGUCACUGUGAAAGGUGGUAGUGGUAGAAGGUCAGCAUCGAAAAAAGUGAUUCCAUUUUAUAGCAUGCCUGAAUUUGAAACCUGGAGAGAAAACGAAGGUCAGCGAUGUCGAUGGACUCAUAAAUAUUAUAAAGGUUUGGGUACCUCGACCCUAGUUGAGGCUAGAGAGUACUUCACUGCUUUGGACAAGCACUUGAAAAAAUUCCAUGCAUUACAAGGUGACGAUAGUAACUAUAUCGAUUUAGCUUUUUCCAAAAAGAAAGCCGACGAUAGAAAGGAUUGGUUGCAGAAUUUUGUACCGGGAAACACUAUUGAACCUGAAUUGAAUGAGAUUCAAAUUAGUGACUUUAUCAAUAAAGAAUUGAUAUUGUUUUCUAUGAGUGAUAAUGUAAGAAGUAUACCCUCGGUUCUUGAUGGGUUGAAACCGGGUCAGAGAAAGAUCAUGUAUGGAUGUUUCAAGAGGAACUUGAAAAGUGAAGUCAAAGUAGCGCAGUUAGCUGCUUAUGUUGGUGAAAAUUCCGGAUACCAUCAUGGUGAAGCAUCCUUGAUUCAGACUAUUAUUGGAUUGGCGCAGAAUUUUGUUGGUUCCAAUAAUAUCAACUUGUUAAAGCCAAAUGGUGCAUUUGGUUCCAGGGCCACUGGUGGUAAAGAUGCAGCUGCUGCAAGAUAUAUCUUUACUGAAUUAAACGAUAUUACCAGGACGAUUUUCAAUGAAGCAGAUGAUCCACUUUUCAACUAUAUUCAAGAGGAUGAGGAUAGUGUUGAACCGCAAUGGUAUUUACCUGUAUUGCCUAUGAUCUUGGUGAAUGGUGCUGAUGGUAUCGGGACGGGCUGGUCCACUAAUAUUCCUUCGUACAAUCCAAAGGACAUUGUUGCUAAUUUGCGUAGGCUUAUGAACAACGAACCAUUAGAGGAUAUGACCCCCUGGUACAAGGGAUGGAAUGGUGAGAUUGAGAAGAUUGGACCACAGAAGUAUAAAGUUAGUGGUAGGAUUGAACAGAUUGAUAGCAAUACUGUGGAAAUCACAGAGAUACCGGUAAAGACAUGGACCAAUACAGUGAAGGAGUUUUUAUUAGCUGGUUUUGGUAAUGAAAAGACUACACAGUGGAUCAAAGAUAUGGAGGAGCAUCAUUCCACCUCGAUUAGGUUUAUUGUCAAAUUGAAUGAUGUUGAAAUGGCUAAAGCUUUGAAAGUGGGAUUAUUGGAAAGGUUUAAGCUUGUGUCAUCGAUUAAUUUGAGUAAUAUGGUUGCAUUUGAUGCAUAUGGAAGGAUUAAGAAGUAUUCUGAUGUACUGGAGAUUAUCAAGGAUUUUUACUAUGUUCGAUUAGAGUAUUAUGAAAAGAGAAAGAAUCACAUGUUGGAGGCUUUACAGUAUAAAUUGUUGAUGAUUAGUGAGCAGGCCAGGUUUGUGAAGAUGAUCAUUGAAAAGGAGUUGUCGGUGGCUAAUAUAAAGAAGAAACAAUUGAUUGCUUUGCUUGAAGAGCAUAAAUUUAGGAAGUUUACUAAAGACGGCAAACCUAUUGAGGAGGGUAAUAAUGCUAUUGUGAUUGAAGAAGAAGAGGAUAGCGACGAAGAAAUUGAGAAUGAAGGAGAUGUAUCAGCAUUGAACAUGAAACAAGUUGACAAAGGUCCUGAAAAGGAGCAUCGCCCACAAACCAUUUUUUCAUCCUAUGAUUAUCUCCUUGGUAUGACAAUUUGGUCAUUGACUCAUGAAAGGUAUGUUAGGUUACUCGCGGAGAAGGGUAGAUUUGAGCAGGAGUUGGAAACAUUGAUCAAUAAAACUGCAGUUGAUUUAUGGAAUAUUGAUCUUGAUAAGUUUGUGCAAGAAUAUGACUUGUUUUUAGCUAAGGAGGAGCAAGAGAGAGAGCAUUUGGUUAGUACUGGUGACAACAAGAAACCAAGAAAGAGAAGGAAUAAGGGUGAUGGAGAAGCAGGGAAAGCUGCGCCGGUGAAAAGAGCUAAGAAGCAAGCAACUCCUCCACAGAACACUACUGUUAAACAGGAGCCCAAAAUUGAUGAAGAGCCUGUUCCCACCGUGGAGCCUGUGGCUAAACAAACUUUACCUAACCCCCCAUCACAUUCCCCUCCCAAUUCCAAAAACGACAUUCUUUCAUUUUUUUCAACUUCUUCAAAGACCAAGACCACUGUAAAUAAACCAUCACCAUUGUCACAAAAAAAGUCAGUAUUUGACAUGGUUGAUGAUGAUGGCGAUCUCAGUCUUGAUUUUGAAGAUGAUGAUGAUGAUGAAGAAAACAAAGGGUCCAGAUCAGAUAAAAAGAGCAAGACUAAUAAGGGUAAUCACAAAUCCAACAUACUUGAUGAGUUGGAUGAUUUGGAGAUUAUGGGGAAUAUGCCUCAGGUGAUUAAAAGUAGUAAAAGAGUUACUAGGAGAAAUUUGAGUCCUUCUGUUGACAAAGAAAGUGGAGUUAGAAAAAGAAAUAAAGCGGUAGUUAUUGAUAGUGAUGAGGGGAACGAUGAGGACGAGGAAGGUGAGAGUAACAAUUUCAGUAUUGAAGAUGAUGAUGAUGAUGAUGGUGAUGUUAGUUAUGAAGAGAAAUAA